AUGCAAUCUCUCGUCCUCCCUCCCUCCUUCGUGCCAGCAGACUUUGGACACCUUCGAUUCCCAGGCCCCGAGCGGCACUUGUUGAGGAGCCCUCGGUCUGCCAAUGCGAGACGGUACACGCCCAGGGAUUUCUCUCUCCCCUCUAUGUCCAGCACCGUCCCAGCAGACGACCCGUUGGAGACUCUAGGAAAUGUCAGGCGCCCUGGCCACCCGGAGCUGCCGAAGCCAGUGACUACCACCGUCACUUCUGCGGGAGCUGCUGUGACAUCAGCAGUCCCACGAGUUAUUCCUUCAACACUUCCAGACCAUGUCACUGCUCGAGAGCCAGCGCUGCCGCGAUAUGUGACCGGGCCGAGUGACGAAGCCCUUCGACAGCCGCUCCACUACAGCGAUACAUUCUCCUCUUCACGAAUUCCACCGACAUUCACCGGGCAGCCAACGGCGGGACCCUCGACAGUGACAUAUCCGCCGGCAUUUGGAGCUGGCAUAACCGGAGUGCCUCGCACGUUGCCGCAGAAGACGACCCGACGUACGAAAGCUCACGUCGCAUCGGCAUGCGUGAACUGUAAGAAGAAGCACCUGGGUUGCGAUCCGGCCCGGCCCUGCCGGAGAUGCGUGUUGUCUGGAAAAGCAGAUACCUGCGUUGAUGUCACGCACAAAAAGCGAGGGCGACCGCCGCUGAAAGCAGACGAAGGCUCAAUUCGAACGUACGCAACGCAGAUGGAUCACCGGGGCGCGCCCACCGACCCAGGGCAGGCGAGACGGCCAAUGCACCGCACGACGUCUUCCCGCGAACUUCGGCCCAUGACUGAUCUCCAGAUACAACAGCAGCCUGGAAUGAUGGGCGGGCGUCUACCACCCGGACAACCGCAGCGAUGGCCGGUAGUAUAUCCGCACACCAUAGACCCUUCCUUGACAACGCAGCGAGCGAUAGGCCAUAGACGAUUCUCUUCCUCCGGAUCUACCCAGUCCUUGGCUUCGGUCUCACCAACGGGCUAUGCGCCGAUUCCCACAGGCUACAAUCCAGCUCUGGCAGCUGGCCGUAUGCCGCCAGGUGUUGGUGUUGGCGUUGGUAGGCCGAUCCCCUAUCCGAGCCCUGGAAUGCACCCUACCCCAUCGCCUCCGCAGUAUCAGCACUACGGCGUCCCGAUAUCCUCGUACCCAGAAAACCCACGAGUCAUGAAUCGAAUGCCGAUGGGCGAAGCCGCCGUCCCUGCGCCAAGAGACCCUCGCGAGGGAUACGCUGAGUCUCCCGUUCGACUCCCUCCGAUCUACUCUUCUCCCAUUCCCAAUCCGCAGCCACCACCGCAGGCGUACCGAGUCAGCGAUUCAUACCCGGGGACGUGGUCGCCGCCGCCGCAGCAAGCCCAAGACCUUCGCCAGCGGGGAUUUAUAGAGCCGAUAUCCCCUAACAACCUGAUGCGUCAGGCACAAGCCACCGCGGAUGACGCACAAAGUAUCCAGAACCCACUCGUGGAUGAAUUUUCCCUAGAGGGGCAAGCCCGGUUGGCGGCUACUCGCUCGUACGAUGAUCAACGGGAGCAGGCGCAUGAAACAGACGAGAGCGACUCUUCGAGACCCGCGAAGCGCCGUAAGAUGGCGUUGGAAAACAUGGUCAACGACUGA